AUAUAUACAACAAUCCAACUUUGCCUAACUCUCUCCCACUUGAUCACAAUACAUGCCAAAUCUCAUAAUAUCUACAUUAUCAAAUCACCACAUCCGCAUCAUUAACAGCAACGUCUAUUCCAUCGAUUCGCAAUCUCCUUGAAAGACCCAUCGUUGGACCAACAGGCGAGUCACAAACCACAGACGUCAUCUCGAAUCUCUCUAGCAAGCUACGUUACUGGCUCCUGGUCUAUACACGCGCAACUCCAAUGAGUCUGCUGGUGCGGUUUGGUUAGACUCCAACUCGUAGCGUUCACAAGAGAGGCCCCCAUAUUAAUUCUCCCACUUUUCUUUGCCUUUGUAACGCGGACAAAUCGAGGCACAUGCAAAUUCUGCUCGCAGACUGUACAGCAAGUGUGCGUCAGAGAGCAGGUCCGUAUCCGACGAAAGGGUAUAGGGGCCCUAGGUCUGCACUAGGCAGCACUGUGACCAGAGUCUAGCUGUAGGAGCAUCGAGGGAGGAAACAACAGAGCAGGGAAAGUGGUAGGGGUACUCGGAGCUAGGUUCACAGUAGGGGAUGGGUAAGGUGGGGAAGUAGGAGGUGGUGGCGGCUGCGCCGGGUAUCCGACCGGGACAGCCAACUGUUCAGAAGAUGAAAAGAGAUAGCCGGAGAGAAUGAGAAAGAAACGAAUGGAAUGGAAAGGCAGUCAGGUUAGCAGCUAGUGGGGGAGGCCAGGGACGAGGCAAGGCAAGCGAUUUAGCUGCUGCUGGUUCGGCGAGACACGAGUUGGAGUGCCGAGAGAGCAGCCGAGGUCCCGUUGCGCCGGGAUAGGCGUCAUGAAAGCGCGCCAGUUGACCGAGUGCACCUCCCGUAGCACGAAAUCGCGUAUUUGCUGCCGCAGGAUUUAACGUUGACCCUGUUGUUGUCUGUCUUCGUGGCAAGGACCCGCGCGUCCAACGAUCCUGGCUGUCACUUCGCCCUCGUUGCCCCAGUGCCGGAUCUCUGGCGUUCGGAGAAAGGAGUCCAAGUUUCGAGACAGUGUAUUCCGAGUGAUAUGACAAACGUGUUUUGUUUCUUCGUCAAGUGAUCACGGAUGUACCUCAACCGCUCCGCUGGUGAUAUAGGACAAAUGGGUGUGUGUGUUUGUGUAUGUGCAGAGGGCUGAACGUAUGAUAUUGUUCAACAGUUUGCUCGUUUCACGUCGAAUCUUGUGGUACCUUGUUAUUGACAUAUUGAUUUGGCCGGUAUGGCCUUUCUCGUGGCGAAACAGCCAGCGAAAGAAUGAGAACUCGUUUCUGUCAGUAGGCACGACCGCAUCGAACGAAAGUAUAAAACGUGCUUUGCUUUCGUGCUGAUAGCUUGGUGCGGCUGCCGUUUCACCUUGACGUUGGAACACAUCGUACGUAGUGGCACGUUUCGGUUGAUAUUCCGGGAACAAUGCAGAACCGAGUGACAGUCGUUCGUGUAUCGUGAAGAUUUUCGCAAUAUCAUUUCGUUUAUAAAUGCAAAGAGACAAAGACAAUGGAGGAAAUGAAAUCAUGCUAGACUAUAUGGAUAAAUGAUUCAAAUCCGUUCAGCGUUCCGCAACGCUAUUUACAUAAUUUAGCAAUAUUAACGCAGGCCGUUUUAGAGACCGCAUAAGAAUCAGACGUACAAACAAAAGAGUCAUCCUCAUUUAACAAGUAUUUUCUUAUUAUCGUUUUUUACGAACUUUGUACAUUCCAGUCAUUUCCUCGAACAUAACCUACCGAACGUACAAAUAAUUACUAGAUCGACAAAGGACCAAGUUAAGGUUCAACCCAGCUGAUAAACAAAUUAACAGCUUUCAGGGAAUCUUAUCGUCUAAUAAGCGUGGCAUCUUCGAUUUCGGCUCACUCGGUUCGUUAACUCGUCUAGAGGGUAGUAUCCCUCCGGGUCGUUAUCCCAUUCCAUGAGCUGACAAGGAAGGGUACACUCACUGGGAGGUAGAAUCCUACCAACCGGCAGCUAUUCUAUGCUUCAAGUUUCAGAUUGCACUUGAAGAGAAGAAAUGGCCCCCUGCAAGGUUACCAACAACCAUGUCGAUAAUUUCUGAUUCUUCGUAGCGAUUUAAUUCACCGUGUAAGCAUGUCGUCCGUGUGGUCGUCGUUCAUCGACUUUCUAGCUUGACAUUCCAUUUGGAAACCGUCGAACCAGUUGCACAUAUUCGACAGUCAUGACGAAAAGAGGAACUAAGAGGUUAAUGAACGACAGAACGAGGAAAAAAUAGAGCUAAUUUGCACCGACAUUCGGGGGUAUCCCAAAAGACUGAGUUCUAGCGGUGAAAAGUAAGUGUACAGAGAAGUAGACCAUCAGGAAGAACGUGUUCAGACAGCACUGUCUGUCGUUUGCAACAUUCCUACCAGUGUAUCCGGAACAACACAGAGGGGAGAGGCGUACAAGUGUUCCGGGUAGCCAAACUCGAACCAGCUCGGAUAUGGCAGCUGUCGUUCUUUCACGGCUCCAUAGUGAUCGUCAAUGCUGUUACCGGCAGUAUAGUACCUGUCAAUCGGGCGAACAGGUGUCGUCGCGAAGUAUCCAGGUUGGGACACGCGGUUCCUCGUGAUACGGGAUCCGGUGUCGUCGAUCGAUCGAGAGACACGAGCGUGAGCUCGCGCGCAUUUCUAACGACCGAAAGUGUUUGUGUGAUACGGUGAGUGAAUCGAAGAGGAAGUAGGGCAGAAAAGGAAACGAGGAAAAUAUAAUUGCAUCGUUGUCAGUAGAUUCUGUUAAGGAUGAAGAACGUGGCCAUCGAUUCACCGUCGCCUGUGUCCAGGCUCAGCGGCACUCUUCUACUACUCCUGACGCUCCUAGCCGAGGUCACAUACUCGGCUGAUCUUGCUAUCGAAAUACCAGGGAAUUUGAGCCAAGGCGGCUCAUGGUAUCGUUUAGACUACAGCCCUCCCGUUGGUUAUCCACCACCCAACACCACCAUAGCCGCCGUCGACAUCGGUGACGUCAUCAAGUUCAAAGAUGGGCUUCCUGGUACUAAAUACGAAUUUUGGUUGUAUUAUAGUAAUAGCACCCUUCAUGACUGGCUCACAUGGACUGCCUCCAUUACCACAGCACCGGAUCCACCCUCGAACCUGACCGUUUCGGUGCGAAAUGGAAAGAACGCGAUAGUCUAUUGGGCACCGCCAGCUCAGGGCAAUUAUUCCGGUUUCCGGUUGAGGGUGCAAAGCUUUAGCGACACCGGAAAUCCAAAAACAAGCGUCAUCUCAGCGGAUGCGGUUCCCUAUUUGCUUCGUGAUCUCAUCCCUGGGGCAACGUAUUCCCUGCAACUUUUCACUGUGUUGGACACCAAAGAAAGCGUUGCUUACACUAGCAGAAAUUUCACCACGAAACCCAACACACCCGGCAAGUUUAUCGUAUGGUUUAGAAACGAAACGACCUUGUUGGUCCUCUGGCAGCCACCUUAUCCUCCAGGGAUUUAUACCCAUUACAAAGUUAGUAUAGAUCCUCCCGAUGCCAUAGAAUCUGUUCUUUAUGUGGAAAAAGAAGGCGAACCCCCUGGGCCAGCGCAAGCUGCUUUCAAGGGACUAGUUCCUGGUCGAGCUUAUAAUAUCUCCGUGCACACCGUGUCCGAGGAUGAAACUUCAGCCCCAACAACGGCCCAAUAUCGAACAGUGCCAGUAAGGCCAGUAAACGUAACUUUUGACAAGUCUUCGAUAACUUCCACUUCCUUCCGCGUUUUCUGGAGUCCACCUGAUGGAAUGUCCGAAUUCGAUAAGUAUCAAAUAUCGUUGGGAGGUAAUCGAAGACUAGCGCCAGUUACCAGAAACAAGGAUGAUGAGACUAAAUGGGAGUUCAAAGAUCUGGAACCAGGGAAAACUUAUCAAGUUAUUUUGAAGACUGUCUCUGGAAAAGUCACUAGUUGGCCAGUCAGUGGUGACGUUACUUUGAAACCACUACCUGUGCGUGAUCUCCGUGCUGUGAUUGACGAAAAAACAGGAAUGGUGGAGGUUUCUUGGCAUCCUGAAAAUUCGAGUACUCAGGACAGCUACAAACUUCAAUACCACGAAGUAGAAACAACGAUCAGCGGUGAUAGCAACACGCUAACAACUGAUAAGACAAAAGUGACUUUAGAAGCGUUGCUACCUGGCAGAAAUUACUCCAUAAUCGUGCAAGCCAUCAGCAACAAGGUUGAGUCAAACGAGACUGUUUUGUACCAAGUCACACGGCCUUCGAGUCCGAUAAUCGAGGAUCUGAAACCCAGCGAAACAGGACUGAAUAUCUCGUGGAAAAGCGAUGUAAAUUCGAGGCAAGAGAAAUUUGAGGUGACACUUAACAGAAAUGACACGGGAGAGAGUGCCACGACCCUUACAACGGAGUCACAUAUCGUUUUGGGGGACUUGUACCCGGGUGCUGCGUACCAAGUCAAAGUUUUCGCUAUCAGUCAUGGACUCAGGAGCGAACCCCAUGAUUAUCUUCAAGCCGUUUUACCACAUCCACCAAAGAAUCUAAGCAUCGAAAGGGUGACAAGCAACACCGUCGUCGUUCACUGGGAAGCUCCUACAGAUUCUCUGUAUUCUGAAUUCUCGAUUAGAUAUCGAACCGAAGACGAUCCUAGAUGGGUGAAAUUACCUAGUGUGCGAGAAACGGAAGCGGAAGUUGCGGAUAUGACUGCUGGAGAAAAGUACACGAUUCAAGUGAACACUGUGAGUUACACAGUGGAGAGCCUUUAUCCGCUUCAAGUUAAUCACACUGUUCGACCAAAUCCAGUGCUCAACAUUACACCGAUCAUUGACUCCACGAACGUGACCUUGGAAUGGCCAAGGCCAGAAGGUCGAAUCGAAACGUACGUAAUAAGAUGGUGGCCAGUCGAAAAUCCCGAUGAUCUACGUACAAAAAAUAUCACGGAAAGUAACGAUGUGUCCAGCAUCGUUUUUGACGAAAACGCAGUGCAAAGGGUGCUGGUCAGCGACCUGAUGCCAGGUGUUCAAUAUAACUUUACCAUCUACACCGUUUCUUAUAAUUUGGUUAGCGAUGUAACCAAUUUAACAACCAGAACAAUGCCACUGAUCCAAUCGGAGGUCGUUGUGGUGGUCGAUCGAGAUCAACCCGACUCGUUGACAUUAAGGUACACACCGACACCGAUCCAAUCGUCCAAGUUCGAUCUGUAUCGUUUCCGGAUUAGCGAUGAGAACAACACGACGAAAGAACGUCUGGUCAACGAUACCGACACCAAGGUGACGUUCACUGGCCUAACACCUGGUAAACUCUACAACGUGACGGUUUGGACAGUCAGCGAUAAUGUCGAAAGCAGACCUCUGAUCAGACAGGAUCGACUUUAUCCUGAACCGAUAACAGCGAUCCAGGCGAUAGACAUCAACGACACCAGGAUCACAUUAACGUGGGACAUUCCGCGUGGUCAAUACGACGCCUUCGAGGUCCAAUACAUAAACACAGAAGGAAAUUACAUUCAGAACAUCACGUCGUUCAAUUCGAUAACCAUUUCCGACUUGAAACCACACAGGAAUUACACGUUCACUCUCGUGGUACGCUCCGGCACAGCAUCCUCAAAUCUCAGGAUAUCGAAUCCUUUGAGCGCCAGUUUCACCACCAGCGAAUCUUACCCUGGAAAGGUGGAGAAGUUCCAUCCUACGGACAUUCAGCCCAGUGACAUCAGCUUCGAAUGGUCUUUGCCUAGUCAGGAACAGAAUGGCAUCAUCAGAAAAUAUACCAUCACUUAUGGAUUGGAGGGUUCAGCACAUACUCAGAUGCAGGACUUCAGACCAAACGAAUACCGUGGCAUCAUCAAAUCCCUCAUACCUGGCAAAACAUACAUCUUCCGUAUCCAAGCGCAGACGAAAAUUGGUUUCGGACCUGAAGCAGUGUGGAAACAAAAGAUGCCUAUACUGGCACCUCCAAAGCCACCGACACAAGUGGUACCAACUGAAGUCUGCAAAAGCAGCAGCACGAUUCAGAUACGGUUCAGGAAGAACUAUUUCAGCGAACAGAAUGGAGCUGUGACUUCGUACACCAUCAUCGUGGCGGAGGAUGAUAGCAAAAAUGCUUCUGGCUUGGAGAUGCCUAGUUGGAGGGACGUGCAGGCGUACAGCAUAUGGCCACCUUACCAGGUGAUGGAACCUUAUUAUCCAUUCAAAAAUGGAUCCGUGGAGGACUUUACGAUCGGUAGCGAAAAUUGUGACAACAAAAUAGGAUACUGCAACGGGCCUCUGAAGUCUGGAUCCACCUACAGAGUAAAAGUCCGAGCGUUUACAGCACCUGAUAAAUUCACGGACACCAGUUACAGUUUCCCAAUUCAAACAGAUAAAGACAACACGGCCAUCAUUGUCGGAGUGACGGUUCCAAUAGUGCUUUUGUUAACUCUACUCGGUAUCGGCUUAUUGGUGAGAAGAAGAAGAAGUCAAGGUCGUAAAACAACUGAAACACGGACCACGGAUAACUUGUCUUUACCAGACAGCGUCAUUGAGACCAGUCGGCCAAUCAAAAUAGAGGACUUCGCAGAGCAUUACAGAACAAUGUCAGCGGAUUCCGACUUUCGUUUUUCGGAAGAAUUCGAAGAGUUAAAGCACAUUGGAAGAGAUCAACCAUGUACAGCAGCGGAUUUACCUUGCAAUAGGCCAAAGAAUCGUUUUACGAAUAUUUUGCCCUAUGAUCAUAGCAGAUUUAAGCUUCAACCUGUAGAUGAUGAAGAAGGAUCUGAUUAUAUCAACGCCAACUAUGUUCCGGGUCAUAAUUCUCCAAGGGAGUUCAUCGUCACGCAAGGUCCUCUACAUUCGACACGUGAUGAUUUCUGGAGAAUGGUCUGGGAAAGCAACAGCAGAGCAAUUGUGAUGCUAACAAGGUGCAUCGAAAAAGGCAGAGAAAAAUGUGACCAUUAUUGGCCGAUGGAUACACUACCAGUUUAUUACGGAGACAUUUGCGUUACGAUAUUGAACGAAACGCAUUAUCCAGACUGGAGCAUCACGGAGUUCAUGUUGUGCAGAGGUGACGUUAAGAGGGUCAUUCAGCACUUCCACUUCACCACGUGGCCAGAUUUCGGUGUCCCAAGUCCACCUCAAACCUUAGCCAGAUUCGUGAGAGCAUUUAGGGAAAGAGUUCGUCCAGAUCAAAGACCAAUCGUGGUUCAUUGUAGCGCUGGAGUGGGUCGCAGCGGUACUUUCAUUACCUUAGAUCGAAUCCUUCAGCAGAUCUUGGUGUCCAAGUAUGUGGAUAUCUUCGGAAUAGUUUGGGCAAUGAGGAAAGAGCGUGUCUGGAUGGUCCAAACCGAGCAACAGUACAUCUGCAUACAUCAGUGCCUUCUGGCGGUGUUGGAAGGCCAGGAUAUGACUGGACCACCUAGGGAAAUUCAUGACAAUCAAGGGUUCGAAGGCAAGAAUCGAAGCUCCGUUGAAAACGCAAACAGUCCUGCUGAAGAUGAAAAGGAAAGGUGACCCUCAAACUGCGAUUCCUGCGUCGAUGACGACGAAGGAAUAGCGGAAUCAGGGAUGUGAUGCUCGAAUACCUCAUAUCGUUCAGGGAUCAACGAAUACGAGGAUCAUUUAGAGGUAUUUUGAAGGACGACAGUGGCAUUCGAUGGCCCGUGUGUUUAGAACUCAAACAAAUAAACGGAAGCUGGAGCUGAGGAAGAAUCAAUGUGUCUGGUUCUGUUUAGAAAGACUUGUGAUGAAUUUUUUUUCAACCAUGAUUCCAGAAGUGAUUGUUUUCUAGUUAGUUUCCUCGUGGCGGGCGACACGUGCCCAAGUGAUAACAGUUUUAGUUUUCAUUCACGUUUUGUGAAACUGUGAACUGAACGACGCCAAAGCUCACGAAGAAGUUUUGUACACGGGAAGAGUUCGAGAUCGUCUUGACAGCACGUGGAUGGUAAAUCAGCCGACAAUAAUUCAUUUCCACUAAUGCUUUAUAGCGGAAGUGUGGCUCGAAAGGUAAUUUACUCAUUCUGGAGAGAAUUUAUGCGAACGAGAAUUCCCAGAUUUUGUAUCGUAGGUGGACAAACUUUAGGAGAGAAAUUCCUUCCCUUUUCAAAUUAUAAACACUUUCUGGCUUUGAUAACAUUUGAAAGAUGUUUGAAAUUUUUUUAGAAUUUCUAACAUUUCGAAACGUUUCUACGGAAAUUGUAAUUGUAAGAGACUUGAAUUAGUAUAUAUAAUUAAGGCGUAAUGAGUGGAGAAGGAAAAGUGUAAAUAUCAGUUUAUAUCGAUCACUUUAAUUUUUAAGUGUACAGGAUAUUUAAGUAUAUUGUGUAUGGUCAAAGGAGUUUAGAGGUUGCCAUAAUUGGACUACAUGUACGUUAAAGCUGCUGAUAUGUUAGUAUAAUUGGUUUUCUAUUUUUACAGUUGAUUAAUAUAAUGAUUAUUAUGUAUAACUGUAUUGUGACAGUUAAUGAAAUAUAUUAACAUCAAUUUCCAAU